CGCCGCCAUGGAUGCCAUCAAGAAGAAGAUGCAGAUGCUGAAGCUGGACAAGGAGAACGCCUUGGACAGAGCCGAGCAAGCCGAAGCGGACAAGAAGGCAGCGGAGGAGAGAAGCAAGCAGCUGGAGGACGAGCUGGUGGCUCUACAAAAGAAGCUGAAGGGCACUGAGGAUGAGCUGGACAAAUACUCCGAGUCCCUUAAAGAUGCACAGGAAAAGUUGGAACUGGCUGACAAAAAGGCCACAGAUGCUGAGAGUGAAGUAGCUUCUCUGAACAGACGCAUCCAGCUGGUUGAGGAAGAGUUGGAUCGGGCUCAGGAGCGCUUGGCUACUGCUCUGCAGAAGCUGGAGGAGGCCGAGAAGGCUGCAGAUGAGAGUGAAAGAGGAAUGAAGGUCAUUGAAAAUAGAGCCCAGAAGGAUGAAGAGAAGAUGGAAAUCCAAGAGAUCCAGCUUAAAGAAGCUAAGCACAUUGCUGAAGAGGCUGACCGCAAGUAUGAAGAGGUGGCUCGUAAGCUUGUGAUCAUUGAGAGUGACCUGGAGCGGGCUGAGGAACGUGCUGAACUAUCAGAAAGCAAAUGUGCUGAGCUUGAAGAGGAGUUGAAAACUGUGACCAACAACCUGAAGUCGCUGGAGGCUCAGGCUGAGAAGUACUCGCAGAAAGAAGACAAAUAUGAAGAAGAGAUUAAAGUACUGACUGACAAACUGAAGGAGGCUGAGACCCGUGCUGAAUUUGCUGAGAGGUCAGUAACCAAGCUGGAGAAGAGCAUUGAUGACCUAGAAGACCAACUCUACCAGCAACUUGAGCAAAACAGUCGCCUAACUAAUGAACUAAAGCUGGCAUUGAAUGAGGAUUAAACUUUAGUGUGACUAUAUUGUUAACUUGUUUAAAAACGGCUUCUUCCAAAUUUCCUUAAGAAUGAAUCAGUAGAUGUAGAAAUAAGCAAGAAACCUAGAAAUUGAUUUUUUCAGGCUGUUGAUUCUGUGGUAAAUUAAUGGAUUAAAUUCUCAGUUUCUGUUGGAAAAAUAUGAAAAAGAUUCUUCUGGAUGAGGCUUUUCAUUAUGUGUAUGCACACCUACUCUGGAGGAGCAGUAAGCUCUUUGGCUAUGCUAUAGCUCCUUUCCUCUUCAGUAAACAGCUACAGCAUUUAGCUAACAGUAUCUGAAAAGUAACAGCCUGCCUUGUAGAGAAACACUCAGUUUACCUGACAUCAUGAAUUGGCCCUGAGACUUUUACUAGAACGUGGACAAGAGAAAAAUGUUCACCAGGAUUCAUAUUUCCGUAUUUCAAAACCAACAUAAAGGAUACUUAUAGCUGUUUUGUUAUCUGGAGACUCUAAUGCAUUAAUUUUGUGUUACUAUGAAUUGGGCUUGUAUUUGAACUUAAAAAAAAAAAAAAAAAAAAAACAGAGCUAGGACUGGGAGCUCCAUCUGAAAAUACCUGGUCAGUUUAAAGGUAUGCUUGCAUUAGUAUGAAGUUACUAUUACUGGAUUCUGGUAGAAUGCAGCUCUAGAACAUUGUGCUCAUUUAUUAUAUCAAAUAAGUGUGUUAAACGACUGUCCUAUAAAAGCGUGCAUGCAACAUAAAGCUGCUAACUUCGAUUUUAUUUAUUUUCUAGAAGAAAUAGAUUUCUUAAAGGUCACUUCACUGAAGAGGAGAUUGGUUGUAAUUUUUUUGUUCUUUGCAAGUUCUGAAUUACAUGAAACUUAAAUAUGGAUCUGCAAAGAACUUAAUUAUUUUCUUUGUUGCCCUACCUUAAAAAAAAAAAAAAAAAGCUAUUCACCAUCCCACAUUCCUGUAAGCAAAGAGCUUCCAGAACGCAAGAAUUGUGUCUCUGUUGGCAGUGCAUUUUCUUGACAAAUGCAGCUGUAAACACUUCUAAACUUGUAUUACUUGCCGUUUGUUUUAUUAAUUUGGAAUUUUCUCUACUUAUGUUGUCUGGGGACAUGGGUAUUUAUGAGCAUGCACAUUUCUUAACUUUCUAAACUCUCCAACAGAAAUGAUGAUUGCAUGCCUUCAUGUUCUGAGAAUCAGUGCCUCCAAAGAACUGCUAUUCAUGUUUUAAUUUUCUAAUCCCACAACAGAGAAAGUGGCGCAUGCCAAAGAAGAAAACCUUAGUAUGCAUCAGAUGCUGGAUCAAACUUUACUGGAGUUAAACAACAUGUGAAAACCUUCUUAGCAGCAACCACAUUAUUUGUUUUAUUAUUUUUUACACCUGCUUGCCAUGAAACCCCAUAAAUGUGUCUUUAUUUUAGUUUCACCACAGUCACAAGAACAUCUGCUAAAUUAUCAGGCAGGGGUCAGGGAAACACCAAAACGGGCAAGCCAUAUGCGGGUUAGGCUAUAUUACAUUAUGGUUUAAAUGUGCCAUUUCCCAACAAAAAUGUUACCUACACUUUGUAGAGAGUUCAGCAACUCAGUAUGCUUAGUCUUUUGAAGAAUCCUGGCGGUGGCAGAAAGUGUCCCACCUCAAGUGCCAACUACAAUUUUUAACAAGAAUGAUGAUUCAUGUUCAAGAGAGAUCAGGUGGAAAUGGUGCUAUUUCGAACAAAAGGUUCUACUGAAGUCUUUUGUUUGAUAUCAGACAAGUUAGGAGUUGUCCAGCACAGUAAUUUAUUUUUAUCAGAAUUUUAUUGAUCUGUGAGGAUUUGGACUUUCUGUGCCUUCUAAUUCAAUAAAACGAAGGUAUGUAAGCAACAGAGAAAAGUGAAGGCUUCUGGAGAUUUUAAAUUGUGUUCUUGCAACUCAAUACAGAAGUGUAGGUCAGCAUUUCACCUUGAGUAUUCAUUCGAUUGUAUUUUUCAUGUUGAAAUGAAAGAUUCAAUAAAUUCAGGAGAAAACAAAUUUGGAAGAGAUUGUUUUAAAAUGUAUUUUAUUUGUGUGGAUUUUGGGGAGGGGGAGGAAUUUAUAAACCGAUAUUCGCCUCACUUUUUUUCACACUUUCUUUGAGCAGUUUUAAAAGUAUACCUGUAUGUAAACAUUGUAUAAUGAUAUGGAAUAAAAUGCACAUUUUAGGACAUUUUUUAAA